AUGACACCUUUGAUACGCCUUUUGCGCAUUUGUGAUUCUGAUGAAAAACCAUCAUUAGGGUAUGUUUAUGAUGGAAUGCAUAGGGCUCGUAAAGGGAUAAAAAAAUUAUUUAAAGGAAGGAAGACUUUGUACAAGCCUUAUAUCGCAUUGAUCAAGGGACGAUGGGAUAGAAUGUUACGCCAUGAUCUUCAUGCUGCAGCAUAUUGGUUCAAUCCAGUUUUUCAGUAUGAUCAAGAAAAUUCUUGCAAAAAGCCAGAAAUUAUGAAAGCAGUUUUGGAUGUAAUUGACAAGCAAAAACUUUACAAGAAGCAAAAACUAGUUGAUGAGAUUCCAUUUUUUCGAGAUAAAGAGAAAGGUUUUUCACGAGAUUUGGCUAUUACAAGUUGUAGGACUAUUAGACCCGAUGAUUGGUGGAAGAUCUUUGGUUAUGAUGGGCCAACUUUGCAAAAGUUGGCAAUAAGAAUUCUUAGUCAAACAUCUUCUUCGUCUGGAUGUGAACGCAAUUGGAGUGUGUUUGAGCGCAUACAUACUAAAAAGAGAAACAUAUUAGAGCAUCAAAGGCUCAAUGACUUGGUUUAUGUUCAUUACAAUUUGCGUUUGCAAAAUAGGUCUAAAGUUGACAAAAGAUCUUAUGACCCUGUUGAUUAUGAAUCAAUUGACAAAACUGAGUUUUGGAUAUUAGAAGAAGAGGAAGAAGGCGAACUUGACAUUGAUGAGCUAGAGGGUAUGAUUGAAGAACAUCCAAAAAAUGAUGAAGAUAAUGAAGAAGCUGAAUUUAUGGUACUUAAUGAAGAUAAUGAAGAUGGCAGAGGUGGUGCUUCACUAGAGGAAGAUGAAAAUAAUGAAGAAGAUUGGUUGCAAUCUCUGUUGUGA